UCCCGGGAGCUCAGCGCAACCACAGCCGCAGCCAUGAGGAGCUUCUUGCUUGUCCUGGCCCUCGUGUGUGGCAUCCAGGCCACCGUCGUCCCCCGGACCAUGGAGGACCUGGACCUCCAGAAGGUGGCUGGGACGUGGCACUCCAUGGCCAUGGCGGCCAGCGACAUCUCCCUGCUGGAUGCUGAGACCGCCCCUCUGAGAGUGUACAUCCAGGAGCUGAGGCCCACCCCCCAGGACAACCUGGAGAUUGUUCUGCGCAAAUGGGAGGACGGCAGGUGUGCUGAGCAGAAGGUCCUGGCAGAAAAAACCGAGGUCCCUGCUGAGUUCAAGAUCAACUAUGUGGAGGAGAACCAGAUCUUCCUGCUCGACACGGACUAUGACAACUACCUGUUCUUCUGCAUGGAGAACACGGAUGCCCCCCAGCAGAGCCUCAUGUGCCAGUGCCUGGCCAGGACCCUGGAGGUUGACAACGAGGUCAUAGGGAAAUUCAACAGAGCCCUCAAGACUCUGCCCAUGCACAUGCAGCUCUUGAACCCCACCCAGGCGGAAGAGCAGUGCCUCAUCUAGUGAGCUCUCACCUGACCCGUCUCCUGGGGCCCUGAGGUGACAUUACCCCGUCUGUCCCCCGUCAGAGGAAUCAGGGGGGACGGAGCCCCAGGUCCUGCCAGUCCUGCCCUUCCAGUCCCCAGGCUCCUUGGAGCUCCAGCCUGGGUCCCCCUGCCCUGAGCCUCUCCUCCUCCAGCAAUAAAGAGAUAAACCAGA